CAAUUGUAGAUUGUAAUUGUUUGGAUGAUAAAACUAUGAUCAAAUACAACAAAACAUGUAGCAAGAUUCUAAUUAGAAAUUGAUGCAUCAUUAGAAAUGAUGUUUAGUUGGUGGAAGUUGAAAAUUAAUCAUCAAAUCAAAUCAAUCAACCAACAAACAUGCACUUUUCAUUUAAUUUAACCAUCAUUGAAACUAAUAAAUUGAACAGCUUCAAAAGAUUCGUUAUUUGUUAUUUUUCGAGCAGUGUAUUAUUAUUAUUAUCGCGUAAAUAAAAAUAAAUUAUAAUUGUAAUAGUUUUGAGAGGUUGAAAAUUGUGAGACAGGGCUCAUGGCUGGUACUAACUUUAUAUCCACAAAGUCUGAGUGUGGAAAAAGAAAAGAAAAAAAAGGAAGCUAGCUUUUGCUCCUUAGUGAUUGAAUUAUGAACCAUGGCACACCUUGUCUCCCCCCACUAUCAAAUGUUACAUCUCUAUAUCUUCAAAAUUACGGUUAUGCCCUUCCUCGUGCCGACGUGGGCUGUUCUUAUUGGUCGAGAUAAAACAUUCAUCCACACCCUAUAACUUCUUAAUCUUGAAAUAGAAAUACACUCAACAAUGGUAUUACAUACAUUGUAGAAAGAAACACACACACACACAUAUGUAUACUCUUAUCCAUCUAUCAGACACUGCCACUUUAGUUGGUUGUCUGAUUAUGCAAUAAUCUCUGCUCAAAAACUUUGUUUAGAGAAAUGAAAAACAUGAGAGGAAGAAUUCUGAGGAAACUGAAAUCCAUCUCCACUCCCACUCGGAAGCCUGUCGUAGGCGCAAGUUUAUCGUUUCAGACAAACACGACCUCAAAUCUUGUCAAGCAAACCGUUCCCACACUAAUUAUCGAAAAUUUCACCAUGUCCGAAAUCCCUUCUCAUGUCAAAGAAGAAACUUUUCUUUCAGCCCCCAAUGCAGAUAGUCAAGAAAAGCUCGAGUCAAAAUCCGAAGAAAACGGUGCUACAAUUUCAGUAUCAGAGUGCAAAAAUAACCUCCCACUUGUACCAGAAUUUGAGGAGGACAGGUGUCCGCCUGGAGGGAGAGACGGCCUAGUACUGUAUACAACGAGCCUGAGGGGAAUAAGAAAGACUUUCGAAGACUGCAACACGAUCAGGUUUCUGUUGGAAAGUUUUCGGGUGGUUUACUCGGAGAGAGAUGUGUCCAUGCAUUUGGAGUACAGAGAGGAGCUUUGGGGAGUCCUAGGUGGCAGGGUUGUACCUCCCAGGCUUUUCGUACGAGGGAGAUGCAUAGGUGGGGCCGAUGAAGUGGUCGGAUUACACGAAAAGGGAAUGCUGAAAAAUCUCUUACAAGGGAUUCCAUUAGUUAGCUCGUGUAAUAAUCCUUGCAGAGGAUGUGCUGGCAUUCGGUUCUUGAUGUGUUGUACGUGUAACGGUAGUAGGAAGGUUACAAACGAGGAGGGAAACGAGGGGGUGGUGAUAAAAUGCCCCGACUGUAACGAAAAUGGAUUGAUUAAGUGCUCUGUUUGCAGCUAGUUUGUUGGUUAGCAUUAGAUUCAAAUAAAAUCCCACUUCAAAUAAAAUAUAUCUCUCUCUCUCUAAAUAUUUUUCCCAAGUGAAAAAUUAGCAUAAUUGAAGGUAAUUCAUCAACUUAACAAAAACAACAGCACCAAACCACAGAAGGUUCAUAAUCUAAAAUAAACGAUUAAUUAAUUAAUUAAACACAAAUUAAUUAGCAGAAAGUUACGUUAUAGAGGUCAUCCAUCAUACACUGUGAUUAACAAAUUAUCCAUGCAGAAAAAAAACCUAAACGAAAA